AUGACAUUGGGAAAAUUCAAACUUUCAAACACCAAUAGUGCCUCGUCAUCAACUAACUUAAGUAGCUCUAAUAACUCUAUCAACUGUAAGGCUGCAAGAACUGUUGAUACAGACGAUAUAGAUGAAAACGAUGAAUCAGGUCAAAAUAUUAUAUUGAGUAUCAUUGCUCAGUUAAAGCCAGGCUGUGAUCUAUCAAGGGUGACUUUACCAACAUUUAUUUUAGAAAAAAAGUCAAUGCUAGAAAGAAUCACCAACCAAUUACAAUUUCCUAGUAUCUUACUUGAUGCACACUUAGAAGAAGAUGAAUUAACAAGAUUUAUCAAGGUUAUCAAGUGGUAUCUGGCUGGUUGGCAUAUUGCCCCAAAAGCAGUAAAAAAACCGCUUAAUCCUGUACUUGGUGAGCAUUUUACUGCCUAUUGGGAUCUUCCAAACAAGCAACAAGCCUUCUAUAUUGCCGAGCAAACGAGCCACCACCCUCCCAAAUCUGCUUAUUUUUAUAUGAUUCCAGAGUCUCAUAUCAGAGUUGAUGGUGUAGUCAUUCCAAAAUCAAGAUUUUUAGGUAAUUCAACAGCUGCUAUGAUGGCUGGUUUGACAGUUUUACAAUUUCUCGAUAUUAAGGACUCAAAAGGAAACCCUGAAAAGUAUACCUUGACCCAACCAAAUAUGUACGCAAGAGGCAUCCUGUUCGGUAAAAUGAGAAUUGAAUUAGGUGACCACAUGGUAAUUAAGGCACCAAAUUAUUACGUCGAUAUUGAUUUCAAAACUAAGGGAUUUAUAUCAGGAACUUACGACGUGAUAGAAGGUAUAAUUAAGGACUACAAUGGUAAGGAAUAUUAUGAAAUUUCAGGUAAAUGGAAUGAUGUUAUGUAUUUUAGAGACCUCAGAAUUAAAAAUGCUAAGAAGGUAAUUCUAUUUGAUACUCAUAAUGACGUCCGUUCUGUACCACAAGUUCGUCCACUAAAAGAACAGGGGGAAUACGAAUCAAGAAGAUUAUGGAAAAAAGUAACCGAUGCUUUGGCAGCCCGUAAUCAUGAGGUUGCAACGGAUGAGAAGCUUAAAAUUGAGAAUUACCAGAGAGAACUGGCGAAAAAAAGAGUAGGCGAUGGCGUAGAAUUUCAUCCAAAACUUUUCAAAGACGGUAAGCCAGAAGAUGACCUUGACUUCUAUAUCUAUAAGCAUAUUCCUGAUGGUGAUGAUUAUGAAGAACAAAUCAAAAGCAUUUUGGAAAUUGCUCCAAUAUUACCGGGCCAAAAAUUCACUGAAAAGUUCUCAAUUCCUGCAUAUAAGAAACAUCAUAUUCAGGAAAAGCAGCUUUCUCAACUAUCCAGUUAA